GCCACCUCAAACCAUAUCGGGUUACAUUGAAUGACAGCGUAACCAUGGCAAAUAAUUUGACUAAAACUAUUGUCUUAUCCUCACCAUCCCCGGGUCAGAUAACCAACCAAUCACAGUUCACAUAAUCGCUUUUCUUGCCAGUUUAGAAUAAUAUUAUUAAAACAAGCGAGCGAGCCUGGUCUUCGGGAGUAGGUAAUGUUGAAACGACAUAGAAAAGGUGGACAACGACUGUGGAAGGAGUAAACACUUUCUCUCGGUGUACCUUGUGGGGAAUGCUGUGCAUUUUGUACUGCUAUUCAUAAACGGGACUUUCAUUUUUUCUUUUCGAUUGGAUUUUAUCCUCGUCAUUUUUGAUACAGCCUACUUUUGGAGACUUUCAUGGUCGUUUGUGGACUUACAGUGUCGGUUACUUGCUUUAAUGUCUUAGCCAUAAAAGGGGACGUGUAAGUAGAGAAAAACAUACCUGUUUAUUAACUUGCAACCAUGUCUAUGCUUCCAACUUUUGGCUUUACGCAAGAGCAAGUCGCUUGCGUCUGCGAGGUCCUCCAACAGGGUGGAAACAUUGAACGGCUCGGGCGCUUUUUGUGGUCUUUACCCGCGUGUGAGCACCUCCACAAAAAUGAAAGUGUUCUCAAAGCUAAAGCUGUGGUCGCAUUCCACAGAGGAAAUUUCAGAGAGCUUUAUAAGAUCCUUGAGAGCCACCAAUUUUCCCCUCACAAUCACCCGAAGCUGCAGCAGCUGUGGCUCAAAGCGCACUACGUCGAGGCGGAGAAGCUCCGAGGCCGCCCUCUCGGGGCUGUGGGAAAAUACCGCGUCCGCAGAAAGUUCCCCCUGCCUCGGUCUAUCUGGGACGGCGAGGAGACAAGUUACUGUUUCAAAGAGAAGAGCCGGAGCGUACUCAGAGAAUGGUACACACAUAACCCCUACCCUUCCCCGCGAGAGAAGAGGGAGCUCGCCGAAGGCACCGGGUUGACAACCACGCAAGUCAGUAACUGGUUCAAAAACAGACGGCAAAGAGACCGCGCGGCAGAAGCUAAGGAAAGGUACGAGGAAAACAACGAAAACUCCAACACCAACAGCCACAACCCAUUGACUUCUUCCAUGAAUGGAAAUAAAACACUUUUGGGGAGCUCAGAUGACGACAAAACGCCUUCAGGGACUCCGGAUAACACCUCGUCGACUCCGGCUAUGCUCAUCGCUUCAAACUCGGGGCUGCAGAUGCACGGCCUAGCGCCUCCACCCGGGCCUAGCGCCAUGCCAGUGUCCAGCCAUGACUCUGUGCACCAUCAUCACUCUUUGCACGAUACUAUACUGAACCCUAUGUCGUCCAACCUGGUCGACCUCGGCUCUUAAACACGAGACCCUGGUUGGAAAGGGACUUUCUGAGUUACGUGGAUGUUUGAGAAAAGCUUCAGGCACCUGAUGCGAGGAGCAAAGGCGAAAGGACAGUCAGGAAAAUGUGGCUCACACGGUGAGAGGUGAGAUGGUAGGCGUUUAGCUGAAAGGUAUUUUACCGGAAUGUGAUAACAUGUUAUAUUGUUGAAAACAAUAACAAUAAAAUGUCUUAAUUCUUGUUACUAUUAUCGUUAUUAUUUUAGGGGAUAGAUAUCAACAGAUACGUAAACUCAAAGUCAGGUACCCCAUGACCUUUUGUUUACACAUAGGUUUUCCAAGAGAGCCAUAUUCAGUUAGAUUUUGUUUUGGGGUAUCAUCGCUUAAGUGUUUUACUAUCAUGAGAGCCGUAUGUGAACGAUUAAAGAUUAUAAUAUCUUAUUAUUUGUAUUUUCAUUUGGAAAGCGACUGCAUGUUAACUCUGCGAUUAAUAAUAAAACAUAAACAAAUCGAUCUCACUAUAGUUUCAUAUACCCUUUACAAUAAAAAAAAGAAAUGCAUUCAUUUGAAAGGAGAACUUGUUUGAUUUAUAUUAUUUCAGCUUUUUAUUUGAAAAAUGGCAAUUCAUUUUUUGUGUGGAGUUUGUUUUUGCACAUCAUAGUUGACCAUUAAGAUAUAUUUCAUACGAUGGAAAACACCACUUGUGAUUUUUUGCAAAAUGCUUUAGAACCACACCCAUAUUUUAAAAUAUAUUGUUGACCAUAAUGUAAGCCAGUGCGUAAAGUAGCCUAGGAGGAGCAUGAUUUUCGUUGAUUCAUUAUUUUGAAAAGGCGACAGAAUGUCUAACCUGAAAAUACAUCUGUGUUACGUCUCCGCGUUAUGAUUCUGAUUUCGAUAGUAUCGUGUUGCAACAUUGGGCUAUCAAGUGGGCUAAGGUAGCCAUUAAUCCGGAUGCAAAGGCAGCCCGAUAUGAGACCUGUGUUUUCUUUUUUUUUCUUACUGUAGGCCUAGACCUGGGUCUAUAUUAUUUCUCGAAAUGUAAUGUGACCAGACAACAUUUCAAAGUAGCCUACAAAGUCUUUGAAAACGUAAAAUAUAUAUUUUCUUAUAGCCUAUAUGUUUAUUGCGCUUUCCUUGUCUUGUUAUUUUCGUGUUUGAAGAUAUAUGAUGAAGGUGUAUGGCGCGUAUAGGCCCAAAACCCCAGUGCCUAUGCGUAUUACACUUUUACAGAGAGGUUUGCUGUAGGCCUAUAUUCUAGGCCUACUGCUGUGCUGGGAUUUCGUGACAUAUUACCCCCUCCCCCCUUCCAAUAUAGGCUAAAGAUAAUGAAAACUAUUGAAAUCUAUCUUAAAUGCAAAACAAGUGCAGCAAUUUUGCAACUUGCUGAAAUGGGACAUUGUCCAUUGUGUGUGUUAACUACAUGCAUGGACUGCAGUAUGGUGUAGAUACCCACUGGGCACAGACCUCAAUUCAACGUCUGUUCCACGUUGGUUCAACGUAAUUUCAUUGAAAUGACGUGGAAACAAUUUUGAUUCAACCAGUGUGUGCCCAGUGGGUAGGGUCUACACUUUUUUGUUAUUAUGCGUGUCAGGUCAGUUCUGCCUACUCAUCUAUGUAUAUGGUGCAAAGAAAAUAUUUCUUACACUACGAUAUUUUACAGUACUAUGUCAUAUGCCUAUGGAAUAGAAUUAAAGUAUGAACCUGA